GAGGAAAGAGGUAGAGAGGGACCAGAUAACAGGCUGUGCGAGACAGAGCGAGUGAGAGAGAGAGAGAGAGGGGCAGAUAGUGAAUGAGGCUGCUGUGGAUUCAGUGCGUUUCGGUGUAACAGACAGACAGACAGGCAGACAGGAUGGACCACUGGAGCAGAUGAAGACCGACACCGGUCUUCCCUCUAGGUCCAGAUGAGUGUAUCUAAGCCCCCCCCUGCGGCCCACCCUGCCCUCCCCUCCCCUCACCUCUCCAUCCCUCCGCCCUCGCCCUCCUCGUCCUCCUCGCCCCCUCCCUCCGCUCCCCCCUCCUCCCCCCUCAGGAUCUCCAUGCAGGAGCACUUUGCGAUAAACGUGUGUCCCGGUCCGAUUCUGCCCAUUCCCCAAAUCUCAGACUUCUUCCCGCGCUUCCACGACUUCCCCCUGACUCCGCCCCCGCCCCGCCAGAAACAGACCCCCUCGCCCCGGGACACGGAUGGAGAGCGGGACGGAGAGAGGGAGCACAACGGAGAGGAGAAGGAGCUCGCCGACUCCGACGACGACGACACUUACCUGGGGACUCUGGAGUUCAGCCUGCUGUUUGACCAGGAGAACAACAGCCUGCACUGCACCAUCCAUAAAGCAAAGGGUCUGAAGGCCAUGGACUCUAACGGACUCGCCGAUCCUUAUGUGAAGCUCCACCUCCUGCCUGGAGCCAGCAAGGCGAAUAAAUUGCGCACUAAAACCCUGAAAAACACAUUGAAUCCGGUGUGGAACGAGACGCUGGUUUAUCACGGCAUCACCGCGGCCGACAUGACCACCAAAACUCUCAGGCUGUGUGUUUGUGAUAUGGACCGUUUGGGUCGUAAUGAGUUUAUCGGUGAGGUCCGAGUGGCUCUGAAGAAGCUGAAAGAGGGAGAAACCAAACGAUACAACAUGGGCUUAGAGAGAAUCGCUCAGACUCGAGAGGGCAACAACCAGACUGUGGAUCAGAGCUCUCAGCUGGUGGAGGAGGAGCGUGGUCGUAUCCUGGUGUCUCUGUGUUAUAUUGUGGAGAAGACGUGUCUGGUGGUGGGAAUUAUCCGCUGCGCCCACCUCGCCGCCAUGGACUCCAACGGCUACUCCGACCCGUUCGUAAAGAUCGUUCUCCAGCCGGAUAUGGGGAAAAAGUCCAAGUAUAAAACGUCAGUGAAGAAAAAAACGCUAAACCCAGAGUUUAACGAGGAGUUCAUAUAUGAGGUUCCUCAUGACCAGCUGGCGAAGAAAACCCUGGAGAUCUCCGUGUGGGAUUAUGACCUGGGCAUGAGUAACGACUUCAUAGGUGGAGUGGAGUUGGGCAUUAACGCUAAAGGCGAGCGGUUGAGGCACUGGUUCGAGUGUCUGAAAUACAAAGGGAAGAAAGUGGAGUACUGGCACACGCUCACACAGCAGGGGGCGCCAAGCAGCGACUGACACAACACA